GUCUGGGAUUCCUCUAGUCCCAUUUGCUGAACCUUGCUCUUCUUCCUGGAUUGCAGAAUAUGGCUUGAAGCUGGGCAGCCAGAUCUUUAUCAAACACAUAGCAGAAUCCGGUUUGGCUUCCAAGGACAGCUCAUUGCAGGAGGGGGACCUCAUCUUAAAGAUCAAUGGCAUCACGAGUGAAAACAUGUCUCUGGGUGACACCCGCAAACUAAUUGAACGGUCAGAGGGGACGCUGACCCUGCUCGUGCUCCGGGACAACCGGCAGUUCCUGGUCAGCAUCCCUGAAGUGAGAGACAGUGACAGUGACAGCUCGCAGAUGGAUGACAUCUCUGACAUCGGCUCUGAAUUGUCCCAUUUGCCCUCAGCAGAGAGUGCCCAGCGCUUCCCAGGGCCCCCCAGGAUGAAUUCACUGCCAGAGGGGAGACAGGGCAGCAGAGAACCAGCAGCUGCCAGGCCAGCAAAUGAAAUGCCCGUCUCAGACUCCCCAGAGGCUGCUGAGGAGGGCGGCUACAAUGUCACCUACGGCUCCCCCACUCCCAGAGCCAGCGAGAAGGAGGGGUACAGCCCGGAUGCCAAGAUUGUGCGCUUUGUGAAGGCCAAGAGCAUCGGGCUACGGCUGGCCGGUGGCAAUGAUGUGGGCAUCUUCGUGGCAGGCGUGCAAGAGGGGAGUCCUGCAGCCGGUCAGGGGAUCAAAGAAGGGGACCAGAUCCUGCAGGUGAAUGACACCAGUUUCCAGAGCCUGCCGCGUGAGGAUGCCGUGCAAUACCUCCUGAGCCUGCCGCCGGGUGAGGAGGUCAUCCUGCAGACCCAGCGCAAGCAGGACAUUUACAGGAAGAUGAUCAAGUCCAACGUGGGCGACUCAUUCUACAUCCGCACGCACUUCGACUUUGAGAAGGAUGCGCCCUCUGGGCUGAGCUUCACACGGGGAGAGGUCUUCCAUGUGGUGGACACCAUGUACCGGGGCAAGCUGGGCAGCUGGCUGGCUGUGCGCAUGGGAAGAGACCUGCAGGAGCUGGAUAAGGGAAUCAUCCCCAACAGAAGCAGGGCCGAGCAGAUUGCCAGCCUGGAGUCGGUGCUGAAAGCCACGGCCGCCCCCAGCUCCUCUGGGCCCCGGGCUGAGUUCUGGAAGCUGCGGGGCCUGAGGGGAGCCAAGAAGAACCUGCGCAAGAGCCGCGAGGACCUGUCUGUGCUCACCAAGCAGGGCCACUACCCUCCCUACGAGAGGGUGGUGCUGAAGGAAGCCAGCUUCAAGCGGCCCGUUGUGAUCCUGGGCCCCAUCGCUGACAUCGCCAUGGAGAAGCUGGCAGCUGAGAUGCCCGACCAGUUUGAAAUUGCCUUGAGCGUGGCCCGAGACACGGGGUCAUCCAAGGUCAUCAAGCUGGACUCGGUGCGGCAGAUUGCUGAGCGGGACAAGCAUGCCCUGCUGGACAUCACGCCUUCGGCAGUGGAGCGCCUCAACUACGUGCAGUACUACCCCGUGGUGGUGUUCUGUGACCCGGACAGCCGGCAGGGCAUCAAGGCCCUGCGCCAGUGGCUUGUGCCCGACUCCAAGAAGAGCUCUCGGCGCCUCUACGCCCAGGCUAUGAAGAUGAAGAAAUACUGCAGCCACCUCUUCACUGCCACCAUCAGCCUCAGCGGGAGCAGCAACACCUGGUACCAGACCCUGAAAGACCUCAUCAGGACACACCAGGCCCGGGCUAUCUGGACAACAGAGGAGCAGGUGGACGCCUCCCCUGUGGUGUGUGUGAGAGAGAGAGCAAGCAUAUGCAUUUUGGCCUCGGGCUCCCUGCCUUGUGCCAGCCGUGCCAACAGUGACUACGAGGACACCGAUGGUGAGGCAGGUGCCUACACAGACAACGAGCUGGAAGAUGUCUAUGACCAGCCGGCGCUGGCCCGGUCAUCAGAGCCGGCGUUGGCCCGGUCAUCAGAGCCAGCGCUGGCCCGGUCAUCAGAACCAGCAGAGCCAGACCCGGCCCAUAACCUGAGUGAGCGGGUGGCAGCUGCACUGGCCUAUCCCACCACGCAGGAAGGAGACCAGCAAGCUCAGGGCCAGUGGAGACAGGAGUACAGCAACAUGCGGGAAUACGAGCAUGAUGCUCUGAAGAAGAAGUUCACACGGGCCAGGGACUAUGAUUCUGACCAAGAUGAAGACUAUGACUGGGGCCCGGCCACUGAUGUGUAACAAUGAGGACUUUGAGGACUUGUUCCCCUUGGAGCUGUGGUCUGGCCCUUGCCACUCUUAUGUGCACUCCCCAGUCCAGCUCCAUGAGGGGCAGGCCCAGGCCCAGCUCAGUCCUAUACAUGCUCUGCUGGCCUAGCCCUGAUCUGCUCAAGGGCUUUGCCCCAUCCACAGACUAGCAUAGCUCUGGUUCCACCUAAAUCAUGACAUCUGCAUUGGCGCAGCAAGCAGCUGGGCCAGGCCUAGUCUAAUUGUACCUGUAGUCUAUGGCUGCUUACACAUGAGCCAUGUGUGUGGCCAGACCCUAGGUCUUUGCCCUGUCCCAGCUGCCUGCAGCAACACCAACCCAGUGUCAUCUCAGUGACAUGUGGCACCAGGCUCCCCCAGCUCCAGCCCCUGCAAGACUAUGUGCGUGACCCUACAGACAGAGCAGCUGCGUGUACAGUGCUGUACAGACACAGGCAGCCUUUCCCCAGGGUUUGGUUUGUAAUAAAGGGGUCCCUUUCACUAGUUCUUGCUGUUUGUUCAACAGCGGGGGCACAUUGGAGGGUUUAGAUCGGGGCUGUCCAACCUCUCAGCAGGCCCCAGCAGGGGCUGCUCUGCAGAGCCCUAGACUACCUGUCCUCCACCUCCCUGCCCCCGCCAUUGCCCUUCCACUGCUGGACCCUCAGCUCCCCUGCCCACAGCCCCUGGGACCAGAACAGGCAGGGAAGGCUGGAAGAGGAGCAGGGAGCCUGGAGACUGGCUGUGUUGAAACAGUGAGCGUUGGGGGACUGGCAGCUGAGCAGGAACCUGGGGGCUGCAAUUUAACCUCCUGCAGGCCACAUGGGGCCCACAGGCUGCCAUCUGGACAGCCCCUGGCCAGCUGGCAAGGGUAGGCUAUAGGAAGGAUCCCAGGGCCCAGAGCAGACCUGGCAGCAAGCUGCUAUCAUCUCUGCCAGCACUAACGCACCAGUCUCUCUACCACACCGUUUCCACUGGCACCCAUGGCAGCAAGC